GUCCCUCAUGCAGCCCCGUAGUGACGUCACACACAAACAGGAAACACUGUACUGCCGGCCAAUUCCACCUGAGUGGAUUUUCUCUUUAAACCAUUUUCCCCUCCCAGAUAUGUCGCAGGAUACUUGGUUACAGAAUUACGAUGCCACUUGUCGGCUGGCACAAGAAAUUGCUGAAAACAUCCACGAACGGAACAGGCAGCAAAGAACAGGAGGGAACCCCGCCAAGAUGAACAUGACACUCCGGGCGUCAUUGCAGAAGCUCAAACAGAAUAUUGCCCAGCUCAAAGAGAGUUUAUUGAGGGCUUCGUCAUCACGGCGGAUAAUGCAGUCAGAAGCCGACAGACGACAUAAUCUCAUUGACGACCUGCUGACCAGGGAGAAACAGCUCAAUGGCACCUUUAAAGGGGACAGCACAGAGCCAGGACCUUCCAGAUCAACGCUAAUGGCAGGAGGAGCAGGAAUGAGUGAAGGAGUCACGUCCAACCCAUGGCUUAUUAACGAAACAGACGAAACCAGGGGGUUGACUUUUGGAGAGAUCAAACAGGAGCAACAACGAAUGAUCGAAGCCCAGGAUGCAGGUCUCGAUGCUCUAGCAGCAGUCAUCAGCAGACAGAAGAUAAUGGGACAGGAGAUUGGCAAUGAAUUGGAUGAACAGAACGAAAUCAUCGAUGACCUUGCCCAUCUUGUGGACAAGACAGAUGGCCGCAUUCGUAAUGAGACGCGACGAGUAAAGCUGGUGGAAACAAAGUCUGCCUCUUGUGGGAUGAUGGUGGUGAUCGUGCUGCUGCUCGUUGCCAUCAUCGUGGUUGCUGUGUGGCCUGUGUAGCAUAAGAGUGAACCUGUGCUGGACAUCGACGACACAGAUUAAGACAUCCUCUUCUCGAGUUUUAUUUUAUUAUAAUUGCUUUUUCAUUCAAUGUAUGUAAUUAAAUCAUUCUCAGGUUAAAAUUGGCCAAUCGUGAUCAUUUUUUCACACUUGUAUUUGCAUUACUGUAACAACUGUAACGUUGUCGUAUGUUUAAUGCGUUCUCUUUCUUGAGCAGAUUGCUUCUUAAAUUGUAUUACUAAUAUGAAUGUCUUCCUGCUCUGCAAAUCCAGUAUAUAUAUUGAAUAAAUUACAUUUCC